AGCCGUGAUUGGAUAUUCUAUUUACUUUUGUUAAGGGUUGUCUUAUUGUCCAAUCACUGUGGAGAGACAGGGGGCUGGUCCGGAAGUGGCAGCGACUAGAAGCAACUGUGGCGAACUACGAAGGGAUUGCGGGGCUGACCGUCAUGUCACUGCAGGGAGACCCAGUGUAGGAGAUGCUAGCAGCUCUGCGCCUGGCAGUAGUGGCAGUCCCUAUGGGUGUGCUGCUGUCCCGGACUAUGGCGUGGAUGUCCAGCGGCAAAACGCAUCCGGAGCUCAUCAGCAGGCUCAGGGAUCAUGGGGUGAUCCGUAGUGACAGAGUGUUCGAUGCCAUGUUGGCAACAGACAGAGGGAUCUACUCCAGAGAUUAUCCUUAUGCAGACUCUCCUCAGUCUAUAGGCUAUAGGGCAACAAUCAGUGCACCACACAUGCAUGCUCAUGCUUUGGAGUUGCUGAGUGACAAGCUCACCGAAGGGGCAGCGGCUCUGGAUGUGGGGUCAGGAAGUGGCUAUCUGACUGCCUGCUUUGCAAGAAUGACAGGUCCCACUGGUAGAGUCGUGGGCAUUGAACACAUCGAUGAACUGGUCCAAAUGUCAAUAAAAAAUGUUCAAAGUGAUGACCCGGAGCUGCUCUCCUCAGGACGCAUUAAACUUAUUGUGGGAGAUGGAAGGCUGGGGUACCCGGAUGGAGGACCAUAUGAUGCCAUUCAUGUUGGUGCAGCGGCUGCUACUGUUCCUAAAGCACUGUUGGAGCAGCUGAAGCCGGGUGGGCGACUGGUUCUCCCAGUGGGUCCAGAUGGUGGCAGUCAAGUCUUAGAGCAGUAUGAUCGGCAGAGCGACGGGACCUUCCUCAAGAAAGCUUUAAUGGGAGUGAUUUAUGUCCCUCUGACUGACAAAAGGCGCCAGUGGCCUGGAGGGGAGCUCUGAUUGCAGUGUGGUUGCCCCUGCAGGAGGUGGCGUUGGUGCUGCAUCUCCUCGGCCCCGUAACACUCCUCAUGGCUUCACCGAGCUCUGGUCUUUCAGCCUCCUGCACCCCCGCACCCCCCCGGGUUGUCACUUAGCAACGUACAAGGAGGAGCUUGUUCCAUUUUCCUAACCAGAUUGCCUUAGGGUGCUAAAACAGCGAGUAAUGACUAACCACUACUGGACUCUCCUGGUGACUUUAGGAUUGUUGGAUUCAGUCAGGUUUGUGUCCAGUGAAGUGUAUUAUCCAUGGGAAACAUCAGCCCUUAGAAAACUGCAAGUCGAGCCUGAUAUGAAACAUUUUUGGGAAUUUCUGAAUGAACGCUGAAUUUGAGUUAAUCUAAUGGGAAUGGUUUGAUUAAGAAUGCAUUAAUACUGCACAUAAACAUAAGCACAGGCCAAGGAAUAUUAAUAAAGCUAAAGAAAUCAUCAGAAUAAUUUAAAAUAAUUGGGGUAAUUCAUUUUUACUUUGGUCAUAUAGUGAAUUGAAUACUGUAUAUAUGAUAUGUUGUGUUAAGCAUUGUCACUAAAGUAGGGCAAGUGUAAAUAAAAAUACAGAAAAGAUUACAAGGGAAUCCUUUUGAAACAAUAAAAUCAUUUAAAUUAUGUGUAUGCUCACCAGAUUUAUUAAUAAAACUCUCUGAAUGGA